AUUUCAGUACCACAAACGGUAACCCCGAGCUACACUCGGGAAUACCAUGCGGCACUGCUCCGGCAUGUGUUCUUCACUUACCUUACCCUGCGCUCCCACGAUGUGUCCCCUGCAGCGUCCCCGGCCAUCUCCUCCGGCUGAUGCCAGCAUCCGGCUUCUGUGUCCUGUCCCUGUGACGUCGGGACAUACGGGCGCCGCAGGAGGCGGGAAAUUUAAAAAUUUAAAAAAAAUGUCAUUUUUUUUUUUUUUACAUUUUACGUAUGCUUUGUCCGGCGCCCUGCCUGCAUUUUGUCUGUUCUUUCUG